AUGCAAUUACAUUUUUGCACUCCUUAAUACUUUUUCAACAUUUCUCAAAAAUUUCCUUUCAUAGUUUAUGAUUUAAGGGAACAUCAGCAUGGUUAUUUGAAAAAUAGUAUUCAUGUUCCUUAUAUACACCAGGUGGAGAAUGUUGAGGAUGUAUAAAAAUACUUUUAGUAUCCUGAAUAAUAAUCUGAAUAGAAGAAGUUGGAGAGAUUGUUUCAAACUAGAAAGAGAAAUUACAAUUUCUUUGUUCCAUUUGACACUUCUGAUAUGUUCAGUUUACUAUUGAAGGAUAGAGUUAAGGGAGAAGGAUCUGAAAUUUCUGAUUAGUUUAGCAUUUCUUUAGAAACAGUGACUAAGUGGUGGCAUGACAUCACUAAGAAAUUGCCAUACAAAAAGAAGCAUAAAAUAAAGAGCAGAGCAUAUACCAUGGUAAUGUAAGAUGAUGAUGAUGAAUUAGUUGAUUCAGAUUCCUAAUAAACGAUACUUCAUCUGAAAAAGCAUCAGACUAUAGUUUCUAGUAAGAAGGUCAUAGAAUUACAGGGUAAGCCUAUUGAUUUAAAUUAAAAGAGAUAACAAUUUCUAAUGGUCCAAAAAUAAAAUAGAGAUCUGCAAGUUAACCAAAAUACGUUGGAUAGGGAUAAGGCAGUUUGCACAUGAACUCAGAAUUAUUUGGAGUAACCUUAAAGAUCUACCAGAUUUUCCAUAAGGAUAAGGUUAGACAGUUGUUUAUAAUAUUGGAUCCGAUUUAAAUAGUAUUUGGAAAGCAUUCCUUUUUAAAUUAUGAGAUAAGCAAAAACAGGGGAUUCUUGGAUAAGACAUUUCCGAAUGAAAUAAUAGAGAACAAAUUGUAUUUGGGAGGAGGCGAUCAUGCAAAAGAUACAGAGAUGCUAAUAGAUAUUUUAGGGAUAACACAUGUUGUAAAUGCAACUAUCGAGAUCAAGAAUUACAGUGAUUAAUGUAAGAAUGAAGUUAAUAAUUUUAGUAAAGUAUUUGAACAUUAAAAUAUAUGAUGAGCCUCAUAUUGAUGUGAAACAGUACUUUGAGGAGGUUUAUUAAUUUAUAGAGAAUGCAUUAAUGGAGAAUGGGAAAGUAAGAAGGAGAUUGUAAUAAAAUAGGUGUUUGUUCAUUGUGCAUAGGGGAAAUCGAGAUCUGCUUGUUUUAUAGUGAUGUAUUUAAUGAGGAAGUUCAAUUGGGGAUUUGAGAGGGCAUAUGAAUUCGUAAAGGAAUGUAGAGAAGUGGUUUGUAUAAAUGAAGGGUUCAUAAACUAGUUAAUAGAAUUGAAUUGA